AUGUGGGCAAUUCUCACUCAGCCUUAUGCAGGAGCUGCUAUUUUCAUUUCAAUUCAGGACAAGCCAGGUUCAUGGCUGAAUUCGCGUACACGGGUUAUUCGUACAUUCGCUCCAUUUAUGGUCACAUCCUUCGUGUUCAUGUGGGUGCCAUGGUCUGAGGGAUCAUCGCUAGAGGGCAUCCACCUUAUUGUGUCCCUUUUCUUGUAUGAUGCUUUUUUCAGCGCUCUCGGAGUAUCAUGGAGUGCCUUAUUUGCCGAUUCUACCAAAGAGCCAGGACUGCGAGUUUCAGCGAUGAAAUAUAGCCAGAUCAGCAUUCUAGCAUCUGUUAACAUAAUAGCUGUUACAGAAAAACUGAGUCACAGCCUUGAGAUUUUCUGGGCUUUUCAAUUGAUUACUGUAGCUGUUGCCUUCAUAGCGCUUUUCUGCUUCAUGGUCGCAGGAUCUCUUAGACCAAGCUUACCUUAUAACGUAGAGAAGGACAGUCUUCUUAUGGCCGAUAAUGACUUUGAUGUGCCAGGGUCACCUGCUCUAAAAAAAAAAGAAGUUGGAUCGAUGUGGGUUGCCAUGAAGGAGAUUUUUCGUGAAAAAGACUUCAUUGCAAUUAUUGCCACAAAUUUCAUACAUACUGCUAGGAGCGUUGCCCACAUGAAUUUUGCUUCGACAGCUACUGAAUUGCUUAUUCCUCAAAGCAUCCUUGCAAAAGGAUCGUUACGGUUGAGUUUGUUCUAUGGUGUUCUCACACUUGGCCCUCAGAUACUUCUUAUACUAAAUGAACGUGUUGUUGCUAAAAAUGGAGCAUAUCGGAUUCUUAUGAUGAGCUACGCUGUUUCUGCACUUUCUGGCAUAGUAUUCUUCUUCAUCGAUAGUCCUUAUCUAGUCAUGGUUUUCAUGCUUAUUGAUAGCAUCACAGUCCAUUCAGCUGCACCGUUGUUUAACAUAGUCAUUUCGGAUUUCAUAGAUGAUGAUGCGAAGAGACAUUCUAGAAGAUCUGGGCUGUCUUCUUUAGUAUUCAGCUUGAAUGCACUAUUCGUCAAACCAGCUCAAUCGGUAGCACCAGUUCUUGUAGUUUACAUACUGAACAACUACGGGUACAGUGAUUACAUUACGUCAAAGCAACCAUCGACUGAGCUUGCCAGUGCGAUGCGAACAGUUUUACUAACUACACCCAUAAUCCUUGGUACCAUGAUACUAUCUGCACUAGUUUUGGUGGACGAAAUACGGGCUACCGUUCCUUGUUGUCUGUUAUCCUUUUCGAUGGUUCCUUAUGCCACCGCAUCUCUCGGAAUUGGUGCUGUUUCGUGGGUUGUGCCAAGGAAAGUUACCCAGGUUUUGGACAACACACUCUAUAGAGCCUACAUGAGGUUGUGUUUGUUUGUGUUUGAAAAUAUCUCCGGAGUGCAGCUGAAGCUGUAUGGCGAUUUCCAGCAAAUGAUGCGAGAACCUGAAAGUGCACUCGUCCUAGCAAACCACCAGAGUGACGUGGACUGGGCAGUGGCAGUAAUGUUGGCAGAACGCCAAGGACCACAUGGUAACGAAGCUGGUUUUCGUGUAAUGGUGAAACACGUUAUCCACUUUGUACCCCUUUUUGGAUGGUACAUCUUCCAGCGUGGUUACAUAUAUGUUCGUCGAUAUGGCGAGUUUUUGAGUUCACCCGUGUUGAAGCAGCUUGCUUGGUUGGACUCUCUUAAUGAAAAGUUCUGGCUGCUUAUUUUUCCAGAAGGUACAAGAUUUUCAUAUAAACGAAAGGAAAACAUCCUUGCCAGUCGGGAAUUCUGCCAUAGAAAGGGAAUACCAGAGUUGAAGAAUGUACUGUGCCCACGUGUUGGUGGUCUAUUUAUGGCCUUAGAGAGAUUGGAAACUCUGGAUGCAGUCUAUGACGUAACCAUUGGAUAUGGUCAGACAAGGCUACCGAAACGUCGUGGCCUCGCCCCAAAUAUGUUCGAAUUCUGUUGCGGCGGACCGGCUGGGAGAACGCUCAGUAUCCAUUUGAAAAGAUAUCCGGCAAAGGAGAUGCCAAAGAGUCGUAAAGAACUACAGGAGUGGACGCUCAAAGCAUACGAAGAGAAAGACAAACUUCUUGACCGCUUCCAUGGAACAGGCGAAUUUCCCGAUCCAGUGUCGUUGAGCGAACCGUCAGUGUCGAUCUUCCGAACUGUUCCACCAACCAUCUGCUUCGUUGCAGCGCUUGUGGCACCUCUUUAUGUUCCAGCCGUUAGGAAAGCUUAUCUGUACACCGUGGCCAGUUUUCCAUUGCUUAUCCUUUGGCUUGAAAUCAAAAAAUGUGCCUGA